UUCGGUUCGCAAAUUUUUAGCUACCCAAAAAAAGUUGAGCAAGAAAUUUCGUAUUGGCGCGAGCUCGAAAGCAAAAUGCACGAUUUGCGCGCCUUAAACAACUGCGAGGUGUUCAAACAAAUACGCGUCGAGCUGGUCGAUUUCCAUACAAAAACAAAGCGCCUGAACAGCUUCAUUUAUUUUAGCGGCAACGAGGAGAACAUACGAAAUGUGGCAGAUCGCGUGCUGCACGUGCUGCUGGAGCACGGCCUCGUUGAGCAGCAGUCGCAGCCCUCGCAGCUGGUCAAACCGAAUCCCAGCGCCGAUCUCGACCAGCUGCGCGGCACUCUCAUGUAUCUGAUCCUGAACAGCGUGGUGGGCAAGAGCCAGAAGGAGGAGCAGGAGCUGGCACGCUGGAAUCCGCAGUGUGUACACCUGCUGAAACAAUUUCCGGAGCCGCUGCCCCAGUUGCUCACCGUAAGCGUACUUCUGCUCUGCGGCCUGGAGCAAAUGCUGCUCGAGUUCUUGGCCUGCGGUCCACAUUGGCUGACCUCGCAGUACUUUGAUUGCCUCAACAAUCUGCUGGGCCAUUUGGUGCCCGGCAAGCGGGAGACGCUGCCGCUCAUCGGCGGCGCCCUGUCCGCCGUGACCAAGGCCAUUUGCUACCAGGCGCAGUCCAAUCUCAGCCUGAUGGACAAUGCGCUGCGGCUGUUGCAGCGACAUUUGCUGAACAGCGAGGAGCGCCUGCGCUCGCUGAGCUCCAAGAAGCGCCAGCGCUAUCUGGGCGAGGCCAUGUGUCAGCUGCUCGACGUUCUGCUGGAGAUUAUGGCUGCACUGCAGCAGCCACCGGAGCUGCCGGCCUACUUUAUGGUCUACGCAUUGCACUCGCCCACAUCGCAGGAGUCACCGCCCUCGUCGUUGGAGCAGCUGCCUUCGGUGUCGCCACAGCUGCGCGAAUUUGGAGCCAAGGUAAUGGACAUGCUGCAGCUGCUGCUGCAUCAUAUAAGCGUGGACACGUACAUGGCCUGGCAGGAGAUGACUUCCAGCCAGCUGCUCUUCCACCUCCAGGCGCAUGUCGGCAACAAGUGCCAGGCGCUGACCCCACUGCUGGCCAAAGAUGAGACCCUCAAGACGCACACGCUCCGCGCACAGCUGGCCAAUUUCGAGGACGGCGCCCAGACGUUCGAGCAGCGCCUGGACACGCUCACCCUGGGCGAGUUGCUCAGCCUGCUCGAUGGCGAAAUGGGCGUCGUGCCCGACGAUCAGCUGCUGGCCGCGCUCAACGAACUGCUACGCCGUCCCAUUUGCUUUGGCAACGAGGAGUGCGUCGAGACGAUGGCUGGACACAUCCAGCUGCUCGGCGUGGCCCAUGCGGAGCUCAUGCUGGAGCAUUUGGGUCAGGUGCUGACCCUUCACGAUGACGACAACGACGACGCUGACGACUGCGAUCCGAAUGCACCUUACAGCGAGCUGCUGCAAAGCGUCCUGCUGCCCAUCUAUCAGACGCGCUGCAGCAGCCAAGAGAAGCUGAAGCUGCUCCACAAACGCGACCAGCUGCAGCUGCUUAGCCGCUUCACGUUCACGCGCGACAAUCACAAUUCGCGUCGCAUCUAUUUCUUCAACCAGCUGAGCUGCUCCAGCGAGCGCUUUCCGCUCGACCAGUUUCUGGAUCUGUGCUACGAGGAGCCGGCGCAGACCUGGCUGGGCCUUGCCCAGCUGGCCAUGACCCAUCGACGCUUUGCCACGCUCUACUGGCAUGUUGCCGCCAGCUGCUCGCCCCAUGCCCGGCAUCAUGUGGGCUACACUGUACGCUGCCUGCUCCUGGACGAGCGUCUGCUCUCGCUGCCCAGCUCUGGGGAUUUGAUCGUGCGGCUCUAUGAGCAGCCGGUUCUAUUAAAUGGCAUGCGCUAUCGCCAGGUUAUCAAGUGCCGGCGACAGCGUCUCAACCACGCCCUGCGCCCCCGCCCCCGCCGGUUGCGCGAACUGACGCUUAAUCUCAGUCUGGACGCGCUGCCGUACAGCGGCCAGCAGCUGCACGCCGGCCAGGACAACUAUCUGUCCGCCUGCGCCGCCGGUCUCGCCCGUUUCAGCGAAACACGCAACUACACAGCGAUCGAGCGGCUGCUAAAGACGCUGCUCAGUUUGGAGGUUGUGGAGCAGCGCAUCGUGCGCUGCAGCCACAAAUCGUACAAGGAGCAGAGACGUCGCCUCACCCAGGCGUCAGAGCACAGGCUGCAGCUGGCGCGGCACAAGCUGCAGCUGGCCAGAGGCUAUGUACGCCUGCACGGGCAGCUCAGCUCGUGGCGUAUCAGCAACUGGCCGCUGGCCUCGCAGAUCGUGCUUGUCAUGGAUCAGCUACGCGGCACGCUCGAGAACUUCGAGCUGGCACGCAUCGCGUUGCUCGAUCUGGUCGUCGAAUACCACGUCAACAACAUGGCGCGAUCCGUGUUCAUGUCGCCAGAGAUGCGUUGCCGAAUGGUGGGACUGAUCGGCUCCGGGUUGCAACAUGCGCAGCUGUGGAAGGGCGAGCAGCUGGCCGCACUGCUGGAGGAUCCCGACAAGAAGCGCGAGACCAGCGAGUACACAGCGUUACUGCGACAGGCCUCAACGCUGGAGGCCGUCAAUCUGUUGAGCGGCGCCAUCCGUCAUAAGUUGGACGGCGCCGUCAUGCACAGCCUGGCCGAGGAGGUGAACCGGCUGAACUCGCCGAAUGCCCAGCAUGCCUACGGAUUCCUCUUCAAGUGCUAUAUGAUCGCGUUUAACCAGGAGCUCAUUGGCGGCGCCGUUGCCAGCGACUAUCCGCGUCUGAUCGAGCAUAUAUUGCGUACGCCCAAGCUGCGCAUGCCCGAGAAUCUAUUGGCGGCCGUUAGCAAUCUGAAGAUCCUGCUCGGCCCGGCUGGCAUUGUGGGCAAGACGAGCAUUUUGCAGUAUGUAAACCAGAGUCUUGCGAUGUCGGCGGAAAAUUAGAUGGCCAGCAUUAAGUAUUACAUAUUGAAUAUGUACAACAAAGUGAAUAAGAAAUUAUACAUAUAAACAAAUACA